CUGUUUGGAAGUGCUGAAAUUUCUCGCCGAAAUCACUGUAGGUCUUACGAAUCUAGAAAACAUGUUUUUGGAUUAUUUUUUCCCGUUAAAUAACGAUUAAAUUCGACGAGCGAAAGAAAAAGUUGACCUUAGAUUAUGUGAAAAAGGUCGUGGGUUUGACGUUGACGUACCACUAGUUGCCUUAAAAUUGACAUUUUGUAAUAGUAAUCUGAACAGUAAAAGGCCACAUAAUUUUUAUUUCUCUUGACAUAUGACGUGACGUUUGACUUUGACGUUUAUCUUGUCAAUUCUCCAUUGCGAUUGCAUUGUUGGUGAAUUUUCUUCAAUUUUCUAAUAAUCUAACAUCUUAUUCGACUUAAACGCAGUGAAAAACUCAUCGCGAAAAGCCAAUCGAAAACCAUUCGAGGAUAAUCGGCGGAAAUGGCGGAGAGCGACGACGAAUACGACAGAAAACGCAGGGAUAAAUUCAGGGGAGAAAGGGCCGAGGCCAGUUACAGGGGCAACGACCGUGUGGCGAGGCCCAGGGACGAUUGGGCCGAAAGGGAUUCCUGGAGCAGGCCUAGACCGAGGGAGUACAGGGCAGGCAUCAGGGACAGGGGCUACUCGCCGGGCCUGGAACCGGCCCCGAAGAGGGUGCGCCACGAUUACUACGGAGGCGGCGAGGGUUAUUAUAACCAUUACGGAGGCGGCGGCGGCGGGGGCGGUUAUCAUCAACCCAUACACAGGGAACCGAUGCCUUCGCACGUAGAAGGCCAACAGCCGCCUAUGAUGUCUUUCAAGGCCUUCCUGGCCACCCAAGAUGACAAUAUAUCGGACAGCGAAGCCAUCGAGAAGUACAAUGAUUACAAAUUGGAGUUUCAAAGGCAACAGCUCAACGAAUUCUUCGUUGCUCACAAAGAUGACGAAUGGUUCAGGCUGAAAUAUCAUCCGGAGGAAUCGGUGAGAAGGAAGGAGGAACAAAUGGCUUCGUUGAAGAGACGCGUCGAAGUGUUUGUGGACCUUCUGAAAUCGGGCAAAAUCGAUUCGGCCAAAAUCGAUUCUUCCGAAACGAAUAAACUGCUAAAAUUACUCGAUACAGUCGUCAUUAAACUAGAAGGAGGCACCGAGGAAGAUUUGACUGCUCUCGAACAAGAAUACGAAGAAAUGGAGCAAAAAUACCGAGAACAGAAAGCCAAAGAGGCCGAAUCGGAGAAAACCAAAUCGACCGUCAAGGAAACCGAGGAAAAGCCGAAGAAAGAACGCGAAGAAGACGAAGAAAAACCGAAGGACCAAUCCAACGAUGAACCGGCGGAUAAAGAGAAAUCGAACGGGGACAUUUCCUUAGCCAAAGAAACCGUCGAAGGAUCGGAAAACGCCAAGGACGAACGUCCCGGCGAUGACAAAGAGAACGACGGCGACAAAAACGCCAUGGAAGAAGGAGAACACGACGACGAAGAAGACUCCAAAGAUCGGGCGAGGAUCGACGACGACGAGGAGGAGGCGAAGAAAUCCGACGAGAACGUGGAGAAAAUGGAGGCGGAAGAGGAGCCGAAGGUACCCGAAGACGGCGAUAGAAUUAAAGAAAAAGACAAGAAACGCAAGCGCUCCUACUCGGGCAGCAGCAGCUCGUCGAGCGGCAGCAGCUCCAGCGAGCGGAACAAGGACAAACCGAAGCCGGCGGAAGAGCGAGACGGCGCCGACAAGAAGAAGGAGGACGGCGAGAAACGCGACGAAGACGAAGAGGAGGAGGAAGGAGAAGAAGGAGAGGACGGAGGCGGCGGCGCGAAGGCGAGAGAGAGAAAGAAGGGCGCCGUGGUGAACGUGGAAGAGGAGGACAGAGAGGUGCAUACGGUGGAAGAUGACGGCGUCAAAGCGGAGAAACCGAAGUCGUUGCACAAGACCACUUCGAUAUUUUUGAGAAAUUUGGCGCCGACCAUUACGAAGCAAGAGGUCGAGGCCAUGUGUUCCAGAUACGAGGGUUUCCUGCGCGUGGCGCUGGCCGAUCCGCAGCCGGACAGGCGUUGGCUGAGACGCGGCUGGGUGACGUUCCAGCGCGACGCCAACAUCAAGGAGAUCUGUUGGAAUUUGAACAACGUGCGAUUGAGAGAGUGCGAAUUGGGCGCCAUCGUCAACAGGGAUUUGAGCAGGAGAAUUCGACCGGUCAACGGGAUACUGGCCCACAAGCAGGUGGUCAGAUCCGAUAUCAGGAUAUCGGCGAAGGUGACGUUGCAUUUGGACAACAGGGCCGGUUUGUGGACGGAAGACGAGGAGGGCAGGCGGAAGGGGGAGAAGCCGCAACAGUCCUUCGGCUUGGUAUCGAACAAUCCCGUGCUCCACAACAUCACCGACUAUCUGAUCGAAGAGGCGAGCGCCGAAGAGGAGGAACUCCUCGGGCUCGAGCCCACCACCGAGCACCAGGACGCCACGUCGGCCGUCGAACGCGACGAAAAUCUCGUGGCCGUCUUGGACCGGAUCAUCCUCUAUUUGCGCAUCGUCCAUUCGGUGGACUAUUACAAUCACUGCGACUAUCCGAACGAGGACGAGAUGCCCAACAGGUGCGGCAUUUUGCACGCCAGAGGGCCCCCGCCCACCAGCAAGACGGACAUGACGCAAUUCAUCGGAUCGGCCGUGGAAAGCAAAAUGGCGGCUUUCCUGCCCGACAAGCCGCAGGAGGAGAAGGACAAGAACGAAUCGAAAUUGGUGAAUUUGGCCCUGAAAGACGUGGAUACGGAAAUCGAUAAAUUCGUCCAAGCGAAUACCAGAGAAUUGGCCAAGGACAAAUGGCUGUGUCCUCUGUCGGGAAAGAAAUUCAAAGGUCCGGAUUUCGUGAGGAAGCACAUAUUCAACAAGCACGCCGAGAAAUUGGAGGAGGUGAAGAAGGAGGUGGAAUUCUUCAAUAAUUACCUCAAGGAUCCGAAAAGGCCGAUGCUGGCCGAGGCGCCGCAGCCGAAGCGAGAGGAGCCGGCCAAUUACGGUCAUCCAUUCGGAGGCGGCGGUGGCGGCAUGUUUGGGGGUCAGGGUUACGGACGUCCCGCCCCCUAUUUCAAUUCCGGUUAUGCCAGAUCGAGGGGAUUUCAGCCGCGUUCGAGGGGCGGCCAGACAGAUUUCAGGCCGGUCAUCCACUACAGGGACUUGGACGCACCGAGGGAGCCCGAAGAAUUCAUCUGAUCGCUCUCGAAUUUUCUAAAGCCUCGCCUGUAAUUUUCACAUUUUCCCGCGCGGUGACAGAUUCUUUUUUUUUAUUUUAAUUUACCUUCGUUCGGUUUAUUUUUUAUAAUAAUAAUUUCAAUAAAAAUACAAAGUAUAAUAAAAGUAAAAAUUGUAGGUAUUUAUGUGAAAAAUGCAUUUUUGAAAUAUACAAGUCCAUUU